AUGGGGAAAAGACAUGUUGCGGACCCUCCGAACCUGAAGAAAUACGGCGUUCCGUUAUACUCCGUUGCUUGGGUACCCCGCAACACUCUCAAGUCGAUCCAAAAUGUAACCGCCGAUGAUUCCUCCGACGCCGAUCCUAAAUCUCCGCCGGAGGCAUCACCACUUGACGAUGAGAACUACCUCGUGCUUGCCGGCGGCGGCGGUGAAAGCCGAAGCGGUAUCCCUAAUUCUGUUUUGCUCGCGCACUUCGAUGUUGCUUCUAAUUCUCUCUCUGAUCAACCGGUGAAUAAGCUAGGAACUAACUCUGAGUGUCCUUAUAGAAUGACACCUCACCCCAAUGGAGAUGGCGUUAUUUGUGCAAUGGAAACGCCAAUGAUUUGCAGGUGGUUUGACUGGGAUCGAAAUGAGAGUGCUGAAGUUCACAAGUUGGGUCUGAAGUUUUCAGAGAAAGUGCUCACCCAGUUGGAUAAUGUUGGGCUACAAUUGGCAUUGGCAUUCAGCAAUGAUGGUACUACACUAGCUACUGGUGGAGAGGAUGGAAGUCUAAGGGUUUUCAAGUGGCCUAGCAUGGAAAAUAUUCUCAAGGAGUCUAAUGCUCAUUCGACUGUGAAGGACUUGCACUUCAGUUCUGAUGGCAAGUUAAUUGUUUCUUUGGGAGGUGGUGGCCCCUGCAAAGUUUGGGACAUUUCUUCAGAAAUAGUCUUGGCUACUCUAACAAAUGAAAAUCGUGAAAAUUUUAGCUCUUGCAGGUUUUCUCAAAUAAAUGAUACAACUCAAGUCCUAUAUAUCGCUGCCAAAACAGAUAAAGGUGGAAGCAUCCUGACCUGGAAUACACAAACAUGGGAAAGGAUUAGUUCAAAGUAUAUUUCGCGUGAUGUAAUAUCUGCAUUCAAUGUCUCAGCUGAUGGAAAGUUUCUUGCAUGUGGAACAUCAGAAGGUGAGAUUAUAAUUGUAAAUUCAACUAAUAUGCAUAUUCAGACAAAGAUAAAAGAGGCUCACCUUGGCAUAAUCACUGCUUUAGCAUUUUCCCCUGAUUCAAGGGCAUUGGCUUCUGUAUCAUUGGAUUCAAGUGCAAGGGUAACAAUAAUUGAAGAGAAGAAAAAUGGAGGGUUGAACUUGUGGAUUGCUGUAUUCAUCAUCCUACUCGCAAUAGCUACUGCUUACUUCCUAAAAGUUGAAGGAAUUGAAAAGUUAUGGCUUCAAGAUUACUAA